AUGAAUCCUACUCACCUCCUGGUCCUGGCAGCAGUUUGUGUCUCCUUUUUGGCCGCCUCGCAAUCUGUCCUGCCUCGCAACCUGUUACAAUUCGGCAACAUGAUCAAAUGCGCGAUCCCCGGCAGUAAACCCGUGCUGGAUUAUGCGAACUACGGUUGCUACUGUGGCUUCGGAGGCAGUGGGACACCUGUGGACAAACUGGACAGGUGCUGUCAGGCUCAUGACCAGUGCUACUCUCAAGCCAAGAAGCAUCCUGCAUGCAGGUUCCUCCUGGACAAUCCGUACACCAAGACCUACUCCUACACCUGUUCUGGAGGCAUCCUCACCUGCAAAGACGACAAAGAUGAGUGCGCAGCCUUUAUUUGCAACUGCGACCGCUCGGCCGCCAUCUGCUUCGCCGGGGCCCCUUACAACAAGGAGUACAAGAAAUUGGAUACCAGCAAGUAUUGCAAAUAA